AUGACUAUUAUUCCUUUUUUCUCUGAAAGGCUAGGAAACAUCAACGCACUCCGGGCCACUAUCUCUGUAGAUAAAAGAUGCCCAGUUGACCGCGAACUUGCCGUCAAAGACAACAGUCUCUGGCUAGGCUCUACAAAGUUAAUAGAUUCGACUGUUUUGGGGAUCCCUCUUGAUCCUAAUCUGAUCACAACAACAAAUAUGGAUCAGCAACCAGAUAAAAACAAUGAAACAAUUCUUUGGGAUAUAAAAAUCGGGACUCAACAGCAACAAGUGCCCAGGCUAGCUUAUGAUCAUGAACCUAAAGAACUGCUUCCUGCCAAAGCACUACGAGAAUUUGAGUUGAUUUCUUGCAACCACUGCUCUUGCCCUCUGGUGCGUGCACAAGACUCAAAAGCUCCUUUUAGACACAAAGACAUGCCUUCAGAGCACUGGUAUGAGCUGGUCGAGUGCUGGAUCUGUCACGAAACCAAACCAGAAGAGCACAGAGCGCGCAUGAAACCAAUCCUAGCAAAACCAGAUGUCCUAUUAGUUGGCUCAACAUACUAUUUGGUCCAUUCUGAUAAUCUGACACCAGAUUCAUUAGUAGUAGACCGAGACGUGGCGUCAAAAAUCAACUGGGAUAACGGUACAUAUACCAAAUGGAUUACAGUCAAUUGUACCAGUUGUUCUAUGCCUUUGGGUGAAGGUCAAUAUGAAAAAUACGAUGAGGAACCAAUAUUGAGAGCAGUAAAGUUGUUCAAAUACUGUGUCUCAAUACUCCCUACGCCUACACUUACGCCUUGUGAGAUGCCCACAUUUAUGGAUUUCCUGGUGUGCGAUCUUGUGAAUGCAGCCAAAGCACAUGCCACCUACCGAUUUUUGAUCCAAGGCAGAAAUACUGGCAAGAUUUAUUGUCUGAUUUGGCUAUUCAAUUGGGAUACACAAAUUAUCUACAAUCGUGGUUUUGUUAGCCCAUCAGAGCCAGCCGAUGUUUACCACGAGCGAGCUAUGAAGGUUCUGUAUUUGGAUUGUUCAGAUCCAAUAAGCAAACAGACAGAGCAACACGUUGCAGCGUGGUCGGUUGACAAGACUUCCGAGCACCUUCUUUAUCCGGAUGCCUACUGUGUCCAAUUGAUCAGUAAUCUCCAGAAAACCACCUUGUUACUGCCACCCUCUGCGCGUGUAAUGAAUCACCCGGCUAUGCGAACUACAAUGAAUUUCUCGGUUGGAUUUAUUAAACGCCCAUAG